UUUGUGUGUCUCCAAACAGAUCUCUUAAGGUGCUCGGCACAAUGGGACCUCUAAACCUCUGAAAGGCCGAAAGGGGAAGAGGAAGAAUAAAGCCAAGGGAGGAGGAGGAGGACCAGGAGGAGGAGGAGGAGGAGGAGGAGGAGGACAGAUUCUUGCCCCGGCGCCAGGCGGACAAACAGGAGAGGAAGGAGAGAGAGGAGGGAGGGCCAUUUGAAAAGGAGGGAUUUGCUCUAUCUGUCGGGGGUGCAUGCUCCCCUCUAAGUCCCCCCCCUCCCACUUGGACAUUCUCUUUUUUACUUAAUUUUUUUCUGCAUCAUUGACCGGCGAGAAGGAAAAGAAUGCGCAACAGAGUGAGUGUGGGACGCGUCGGGGCGAGCAGGGGCCUCGACGUGAGACUACCCAGGACUAGAGCCCUGCUGCUGGGCCUGCUGCUGGCCGCGGUGGGCCUCCUCCCUCCGUCGGCCCGCGCCGACGUGGAGAUCGACGCGCUGGCCGAUGAGAUGGUGCUGAUGGAGGGAGGCAGGGAGGGCAGAGGGGGAGACCUGGAGGCCUCCAUGAGCUCCUUGCUCCUCCGGGACUUCAGGGAACCGACGGAAGACAUCCGGGCGAUGGACACCGGAGAGGCAGCGGGGACGGAGCAGACCUCGGCCGCGCCCACCACCGCCUUCCCAGACUCCUCGGCAGUCGUGGGUCGGAUCUUCCAGAUGACGGUGCCGAACAAGAUGGAGGACGUUUACCUGGGAGAUAUCGUCAAGAUCACAGAGAUGGGGAAGGACUCCCUCCCUGCCUGGCUGCACUGGGAUGCCAACAGCAGGAUCCUGCAGGGUCUACCUUUGGAGGAGGACAAAGGCGUCCAUUACAUCUCGGUAUCCAUCUCCAACCACACCAAAUCCUCCUCGUCUUCAGAGGUGUUUUCCAUCGAGGUGCACCCUGAAGAUCAUUUGGACGCAGACGCAGCCCAGCUGGCAUCCAACCAGGCCUCCACAGAGGAGGACGUCCAGCCGUUCAUGUGUAGCAACGAGGAGCCAAUCACACUGCUGACUGUGAUCCUGGACGCCGAUUUGACCAAGAUGAGCUCGGAACAGAGAGUGGAGCUCCUGGACGACAUGAGGAGCUUCUCCGGGGUGGGGCUCCCACACAUGAAGAUACUCCCUGUGGUCAACAACAGGCUGUUCGACAUGUCUGCAUUCAUGGCCGGGCCGGGGAAUGCCAAAAAGGUGGUGGAGAACGGUGCUCUGUUGUCCUGGAAGCUCGGCUGCUCACUGGACCAGAGCACAGUCCCAAAUAUCAACAGCGUCCAGGGUCCUGCAAAGGAAGGGACAAUGUCCGCCAAGCUGGGCUACCCUGUGGUGGGAUGGCACAUUGCCAACAAGAAACCUCAUGUUCCUAAGCGGGUGAGGCGCCAAUUAAACAACACUCCGACACCUGUGCUGGCGGUACUUCCUCCAACAACUGUAGUGGAGCCUCCAGUGAGGAUCAUCCCAACACUCUCCUCUCCUUCUAUUGCCGCACCAACAGAAAGCUCUGCUCCCCCUGUAAGAGGCCCCGUUCCCCUACCUGGCAAACCUACGAUCAGAGUCCGUGAAUCCAUUGCCCACACCCCAACUCAGGGACCGCCUCAGCCAACAAGGAUAGUGGAGACCACCAGCAGCAUUCCUAUCCAGCCAACCAUGACCAGGCCUACGUAUGUGGAGGCCACCGCUACACCACCUGCACCCACUAGAAGACCUACUAAGAAACCUAAGAGACCCAAAACCACACCGGUGCCCAGAGAGCCAAAGACCUCCACGGCCAAGCCUGCCAAGCGCACCACACCAUCACCUGCCGUCAUCCCGGACCCAUACAACGAGAAGCCUGUCUUGCGAAACCCCAUCGACCAGGUCAAUGCAUUGGUUGGCACCUACUUCGAGGUCAAGAUCCCAUCCGAUACAUUCUUUGAUAAAGAGGAUGGGACAACUGACAAGCUGCGUCUAACUUUGAGACAGAACCACAAUGAAGUGGUCGGAGAGGGCUCCUGGAUCCAGUUCAACACCACCAGCCAACUUCUCUAUGGCCUGCCUGAUGUCCAACAUGUGGGGAAACAUGAAUACUUCAUGCAGGCGACUGACAAAGGUAGCUUGAAUGCAAUUGACGCUUUCGAGGUCCGUGUGAGCCGCUGGCCCAUCAAUGACAAGACCCCCGUGAUCUUCAUGGCCCGAUUCGAAGGUGAGCCACAUUCGAUAACAAAUGACAUCCACAAGAAGAUCCUUCUGGUCAAGAAGCUGGCAUAUGCGCUUGGAGACCGCAACAGCAGUACAGUCAGUCUACGAAAUAUCAGCAAAGGGUCCAUUGUGGUGGAGUGGACAAACACUAGCCUACCCCAGCACCCAUGUCCAAAGGAACAGCUCACAGUCAUGAGCAGGACCCUCGCCAGUGCUGACGGAAAGCCCUCACAGACCUUCAGGCACUCUCUGGAGCCAGAAUUCAGACCACUGGAUGUCAUGGCCAAGGGUAGGGCAAGCUGCAGAACAUAUUCCUUCAUCCCACCAGGAGAUAUUGAUAUACCAGAACCCCCAGCAGUCACGCCAGCUCUGGGAACAGGCCGGCAGAGCACAGAUGACGUCUAUCUCCACACAGUCAUUCCCGCCGUGGUGGUGGCAGCAAUCUUGUUAAUAGCAGGCAUCAUUGCGAUGAUCUGCUACAGGAAGAAGCGAAAGGGCAAGCUGACCAUCGAGGACCAGGCCACCUUCAUCAAAAAAGGUGUGCCGAUUAUCUUUGCGGAUGAACUAGAUGACUCUAAGCCACCUCCAUCUUCCAGUAUGCCCUUGAUUCUACAGGAAGAGAAGCCCCCACUUCCACCCCCCGAGUACCCCAACAUGGCCACGCCAGAGACCACUCCCCUCAACCAGGAGCUGCUGGGGGAGUACACAGCCCUGCGGGAUGAGGACCCCAACGCUCCCCCCUACCAGCCACCACCUCCCUUCACCACUCCCAUGGAGGGCAAGGGCUCCCGUCCCAAGAACAUGACUCCCUACAGAUCUCCACCCCCCUACGUGCCACCCUAAGACUUGUUUAACUCUCCCCUCGUAUGGUGGAGGGAGAGGAUGCCUGAGGAACUGUGACGGUUUCCAUUCUGGUGUUUGUCUAUCUGGACAUUUACAGGGAGAGAUGACAAGAGGUGCUAAAGUACAAAACAGCUACAGGGGACUUUUGUUUGGGAAGGGGGCCGUAAUGAGUCGGGUGGGGUUUUUACAGUCGACUGAUGGGAUGGAACAGCUGGGAGGGACUACUGUUUUGGUGGUAGCCCAGCUACUACAGUGGCCUAAGACAAACAAAUUCUCGUCACAUUAGCUUUUGGAUCCACCAGUUGGUCAGAAGCGACGACUGGGAGACGUGAUGAUCUCCUGUCCUGGCAUUUCUUCUUUUAUUCACUCUUUUGAUUUAAAAUACAGGCUUUUAUUCUGUUUGUCAUCACUAUCCCAAGGUUAUUAUUCUGAAUCCUUUGCUCUUCUUUUGUGUUGCUUUUAAAUGAUACGAGGAGACAGUGAACUGCCACCAGACCACUGCAAGCUACAACUCGUGUUUUUUAAUAAGGAGAGUGAGAUUCUCUGAAAAUGAAAAAAAAGCUAUCACAAGGAUCUGGAAUCAGCCCUGCAGACGACACAGAAGAAUGGGAGGCCGAGGUGUGCGUGUGAAUGAGUGGGUGUGUUUAUUCAGAUUCAAUACGGUUUGCCUUUUAACACUAGCUGUCUGUUUCUAUCCUUAUUCACGAUGUCUAGUAAAGAUGAGAAUAACAAGGUAGCCUAAAAAAAGAUUUAGAGAUGAAUAAUAAAUAAUUUGUUUGUUUCAUUGGUUUUAAGAUCCACUGUAUAUCUGGAAGAUGUUCUGAUAGAUUGUGUUAUAUUUUUUUGGUGGUGGAAGAGAGCGGGAGGAAAGGGACUGCCUCGCUAAAAUCACCUGAAGGAGCUCUUUAUUCCUGUUACAGUUCAUUAGAUGAACAUCUUACCUUCCUCUCAGCUGCCCUCAAUAAGGCGUAAUAAACUGUGUGGGUCGCGGUAGAUGAUUAUCUAACUAACUAAGUUUGGUGUAGAUUUGGAGGCAAAAUGUGUAGUUUUAUGCAGAUGAUAGUGACCUCUAUUUGGCGAAAACGUGACCCGAGGUCAACAGAACCACGACAGUAGAAGUGAAAAUGCCAUGUCGGCCCUUUUCUACAUACAAACCUCCAACAUGUGCCCAAACAGGAAAAGGACCCCUCCAGGUUAUUUUGGACCAGGGAUAAUUAUUUUUUUAUGUAAUGAGGCAGUUCUUCUGCCUGGUCAGAGGAGGAACUCUGAGUGCCAUGGACACUCUCCCCAGAGGGACUGUACAGAUACUCACAGAGGAGAUGAGGCAAAUUCAGGACGGAAGCGAGAGAAACGUUCACUUUCCAGCAAUUAGCUCACUGAACAACAUGGUCACCGAAAAUCUCCUUCUAAUUUUUUUACCAAGUUUUUGAUACAGCCUCAAAUUGUUUCUGAUUAUUAAAAGAAAACAUGAUUAAUGAUUAGUCUUCUGUGAUUUGUAAAAUCUUAGCCUAGAAGUUCAAAUAUGAUUCAAUUACGUACACUUUCUUUUCUUUUCUUUUUUUGUCAUGGGUCACAUUUUCAAGUGUUUUUAUUUUGUCGUGUGUGUUUGAAAAUCGAAAUGUAUCUCCCACUAUACAAAGACGGACAUAUUUUAUGUAAUCACAAAUUUAAAUUUUACGUCCUUUUAUGUUUGCUAAUGAGUUUCAACUGAAAGUGACCCUUUGCAAUAAUAAUGUACGGCGCAGUCCGCUCAGUGAUGCAGGCUGGAGUGACUCGUAGUGUCAUAAUAUUGUUGGUUUUUUGCAGGAUGCCAAGGCUUUUUUGCUUCUCAAGUGUGCAUUGUCAUAAUAAAACCAACUGGUACGAUAAAAAAGACAAACAUCCACCUUCUUCAUUCAUGUAUCUGGUUUUAACUUCUUGCUGCUUCUUUUCUCACUUUUUUGAUCCCGUCAUCCUCUUUGAUCCAAACCUGACUGAUGUUUAUGGAUGAGCAUUUUGAUCACUGUCACUUUCCUACUUCUCCCGCUUAGCCUUGAAUUGAUAAAUCAAUAUGUCUGAAGUCCUCAAGAGGUUUGGCCUCGCCGCCUGGCAACCGUCAACGGUCUCGGGGCUAACUGAAACGGUCGCGCUGCCGUACCUUUUGUACUAAAUGAUUCUGCUGUUGAAUGACUGGUUGGACUAUGCACUUUGAAAGCUCUGCCAUUAAAGAAGGCUAUGCUGUGAAAA